GAUGUUGUGUUUUGAUCUCAUUUUUACAGAACCAAUGUUGUGAUGAACUAUACAGAAAUUGAGUCUAAAGUUCGAGAAGCCACCAACGAUGAUCCGUGGGGACCGUCUGGACAGUUAAUGGGGGAGAUCGCUAGGUCCACAUUCAUGUACGAGCAGUUUCCAGAGGUAAUGAACAUGCUGUGGACAAGAAUGUUGAAAGACAACAAGAAAAACUGGAGAAGAGUUUACAAGUCUUUACUGCUGCUGGCGUACCUCAUCAGAAAUGGAUCUGAACGGGUUGUUACUAGUGCAAGAGAGCACCUGUAUGACUUGCGUUCAAUUGAGAGCUAUCAUCAUGUAGAUGAGAAUGGCAAGGACCAGGGUGUCAAUGUUCGUCAGAAGGUGAAGGAGAUGAUAGAGUUUGUUCAAGAUGAUGACAGGUUGAGAGAGGAGAGGAAGAAGGCCAAGAAAAACAGGGACAAGUAUAUAGGCGUGUCCUCUGACAGUAUGUCGGGCUUCAGAUACUGUAAGUCCCUAACUUGCUCUCUUUCUUUCACAUACACAAACACACACCAUUCUCGCUGUCAUAUUUAUCAAGGUUUGAAAAGUUUUUUUUUUUUUUUUUUACAUCACACGAAAACACAUUUAUCAUAAAGAAUAUAUCUAAUCGGGACUCUCUGAAAACAAGGAGAUCCUCUGUGUCCUCUCCACUGUUGUUGUCCCUGGAGGGUUUGCAUUGCCAGAUGAGUGAACUGUACUGCAGAUUUAUUUUGAUACCCGGCAUAGCUGCGUUUCCACAUGACGGCAUAAAUUAUGUUUUCAAUGUCCUUGAUUAGGAAGGAAAAAUGCAAUGCGUUAUUUGUAAUGGCUGUUUUAAAUUUAACUGAUAUCAUGUUUAGUUUGACAGUCGUUUUACUCUAAAGUUUAAUGAAACUUGAUAUAUAUGUCUGUUAUGGUGUUUUUGAGAUGGCGGCCAAAUUUAUUCAGUAAAGUAACCACAGUCCAAUCACAGUUCUUAGUUAUGAAACGUACACGAGAGGAAGCAUCUCAGCCUGAUUUUACUUCUCUUUACAUUGACAUCAAGUUAGUGGGGGAAUCUCACCAUGGGUCAUAUUUCACCCCACCCCUGGAAAAAAAGAAAUUAUAUUUUGCAUAACAUUAAGCCUCUUUUUAGUACCAGUUCUUGAAUUAUUUUCAUGACAAUUAAGCACACCCUUAUAAACAGUAUAAUCAACAAAAAAGAAACUGGUAUAUUAAUUAAGUUAACUAUUUAUUAUUACUAAAUGAUAAUAUGUAUUGUCCUGCCUUUAAUUUAUGCUAAUUAAGUAAUUCAGUUCUAAUGAGAACCACUAACCAUAACCAUUAAGAAUAAUGAAAAUUACAAACAACCUCUGAAGUAAAACAUCCAACUGCACGACAGUAAUUAAAAUAGGUCUGAAAAUGUGUUUAAUUUAUCAGUGAGCUUCAUUUUCUUUUUACAAGAUGUAUUUUUUCCCCCUCCGAUUUUAAUUACCCAGACAUAUUUU